UUUUUUUUUAGUUCCUGCUCAUACCAAUCAAUGAGUAGAGGGUCAACUUCUGCAUUUGGAUUCGGUCUGGAUCAGCCAGUCAAUUUUAAAUUCCAUUUUCUUAUUAACAAAAAAUCUGAGGCAGUACGAACUACGAAUUAAAACAUUAAUUUUUAAAUGGCUACAUUAACUUCUAACUUAAUCUCAAUUUUCCCCUCCAUAAAUCCAAUUUUGACCUUCCUCCUCCUCUGUCCGAUCCUCGCUCGGAUUCGCCGGAGACGGCAUUCUGUCGUCAUCUCCACCUGACAUUAGAUGUCAGUCGCAGUCGAAAUGUCGGAAACCACCGUCGAACGAGACAGCGACGCCGAACCGUUGCUUGAUUCUAUAAAUCGAAAGGAGGAUCUGCUGACAACCUCUGUCGAGGAAGAUUCUAGUUCAUCCAAUAAAAUUGGCCCUCAUGGGAACAAAUAUUCUAUUAGUUCAGUCAGAUGCUUUGGGGUGGACCUAACCCCAGAUAACAUUGCAAUUGCCAUGGUAUAUUUUGUUCAAGGUAUCUUAGGCCUUUCAGAUCUUGCUGUUAGCUUUUAUUUGAAGGACAACCUGCACCUAGACCCUGCAGAGACAGCUGUGAUAUCUGGUUUCUCAUCAUUGCCAUGGCUUAUAAAGCCCUUAUAUGGAUUCAUCAGUGAUUCCUUCCCACUCUUUGGUUACCGAAGAAGAUCGUACUUGGUAUUAUCAGGACUCCUUGGAGCACUCUCAUGGUUUUGUAUGGCCACCUUUGUUGACAGCAAGUACGGUGCUGCUUCCUGCAUACUUAUUGGUUCUCUUUCUGUUGCUUUCUCAGAUGUUGUCGUAGACUCCAUGGUUGUUGAGCGGGCACGUGGUGAGUCUCAAAGCAUGUCAGGAUCUCUUCAGUCACUAUGCUGGGGUUCUUCAGCAUUUGGGGGAAUUGUCAGUUCUUACUUUAGUGGCUCCCUUGUGGAUUCUUAUGGUGUGAGGUCCGUUUUUGGUAUAACAGCAUUACUUCCAUUGAUAACAUCUGCAGUAUCUGUACUUGUGAAAGAGGAGCCUGUACAUGGCCCAGCAAGGGGUCUUUCUUUAGGCAAUGGCUUCCUUGAGAGUUCAAAAAGUAGCAUUUUCCAGUUAUGGGGAGCUGUUAAGCAACCUAAUGUUCUUCUUCCCACGCUAUUUAUUUUCCUAUUUCAGGCAACACCACAGUCAGGUUCUGCUAUGUUUUAUUUCAUAACAAAUAAACUUGGUUUCACUCCAGAAUUCUUAGGCCGUGUUAAGCUGGUUACUUCAGUUGCAUCACUGAUUGGUGUUGCGCUGUAUAACAGUUUCUUAAAGAAAGUUCCUUUAAGGAAAAUAUUCCUUGUGACGGCUAUUAUUGGUUCAGCUCUUGGGAUGACUCAGGUUCUACUGGUAACCGGAUUGAACCGGCAGUUUGGCAUUAGUGAUGAGUGGUUUUCAAUUGGGGAUUCAUUGAUCCUUUCUGUUCUUGGUCAGGCGUUUUUCAUGCCUGUUCUUGUAUUAGCUGCAAGAAUAUGUCCACUGGGAAUGGAAGCUACUUUCUUUGCAACCCUUAUGUCCAUAGCCAAUGGGGGAAGUACUCUUGGGGGCCUACUUGGUGCAGGUCUAACUCAGAUCUUUGGUGUCACCAAGGACAGAUUUGACAACUUGGCUCUCCUAAUAAUUGUCUGCAAUCUCAGCUCUCUGUUGCCUUUACCAUUACUUGGCCUCCUUCCUCGAGAUGUACCUGAUUCAGAGGAGAAUACUGAUAUUGAGAUGAUAUCGUCUUAAAUUCCUGCCUUCUUUACAUACCAUGAAGUUACUCAUUAACUUCCUUUAACUGCAGCUUUACGGGUUAACAGUAAGUUGAGAACUCACUCAAUUAAAUUAGGAAUGCUAAUAUGAAUGAUUAAAGAUGAAUUAUGAUCUCAAGUCAUCGCUUAAAGACAAAAACUAUAGGAUUAGUAAUAUUUACUUUUUAAGCAGCGAGUAGGACCCAUUUUGAGCCGUUUCCAAUGUAACAUUUAUAUUGCCGGAUGGACAACAAUUAUACAGAUGGGAUGUCUAUGAACCCGAGUUGGUUAUUUUCUGAGGAAAGGUUUGCUACCAUAUAUUGUACCA